AUGAAGUUUAAUUACAUUUUAUUUUUCUAUUCUUACAGUGAACCACGUGUGGACAGCAGUAGCAGCUGGAUCGGUGGUUCAGCAGUUUGGAGUCUGUUACCUGAAGCUGCAAAACCUGAUAGUCUGAUGCCAGAAGGAUUGAUACUACCUGAUCGUCCAGUAGCGCUAUCGAUGAGUGACGCUGCAGCUACAGCAGCUGCUGUUGCAUCAUAUGAUAGCCGUAUGAUCGGUACACCGUCCUAUUACAGUGGUGCGUAUCCGGCUGCAGCCGGUUACAGCAUGUAUGGUAGUAGUGCACAGAGCUAUUAUCCUAUGUCGUCAACAUUACGGAGCGCUGCUACACCAUUCCAAUUUGCUACUACUCCGCAAACCUAUUAUGGUAACGGAUUUUCAACAGCUGGUUUUGACUACUCACCAUAUCCAACUGCAGUCCAAUGUUAUGGCAGUCGAAGUAAUUAUUAUACGAAUGGAGUUAAUCCAGUAACCUCUACAUCAUCAUUAUAUGGAGUAAGCGCUCUACCAACUGAACCUGGUUCAUCUAAUCAACUAUCACCGUUUUCUAAAAGUGAUGUUAAAAAAACAGGCAAAGGUACAAAGAAGAAAAAGUUAAGUAAUGGAAGUGGCGAUAUUGACGGCCACUAUAAACGAGUAUUUAUCUGGGAAGUGGAUGAUCUUUGCGCUUUAUCGUUCUGUUAUUUUUUGAAUGCAGAUCCGAUUCGAAAUCAGCAUCGACUGUCGCUUCAGCACUAUAUGAAUGCAAAUGUCGAAAGAAUUAUUUCUGCCGUUUUUCGAGUCGAUCAGAAUGAUGAAUUUGACCAAAUGAAUAUCGAAGAUGCCAGUGUUGAGGAUAGUUUGAACGAAGUUUCUUAUCUUCAAUCAGUACCAGAAACUUCGGAUGGUGGUGCAACAACAACGCCAAAUACACUAAUACCAUUACCAAUUGGACGGGGAGGCGUAGAUUGGAUGAGAAAAUUGGCUGCGAAGUAUCAAAAUAUAAGAGAAACCUAUAAUUCAUACAAAAAUGAUUUACCUGGUAUUUUGCGACGAAGUAAUAUUUCCGCUGAAGAAUUCACAACACUCCGAUCAACUAGCUGUGACCUGCAAACACAACGGUGGAUAAGCAGUAUUACGCAGUGUUUGAAACUAAUAAGUGAAAGGUCUGCAAACGGGCAAUAUGCGAACAUUGUUCUCACAAACGAAACUGUGGUCUCGACGUUGGCAAAACUGUUGCUAUUUGAGCAGAGUUGCACAAUUCCAGCUGAAAACGUUUACAGCUACUGCAAAGCCGGAAAAGAAGCGGCUAUUGAUCGUAUCGUUAGCCGAUUCGGCAAGAAAUGCUCCUACGUUAUGAUCUCGUCACAACAUGACACACAGGAAAUUGCUAAAAAGGUAAAUUAG